AUGGGAGUGAAAUCAUCGGCAUCCAUAAAAGCAACAAGUUUUAUGAUGAAACUUUCAAGCUUUUUCUUCAAAUCAAGGUUUCCAGAAUUUUUCAGAAAAUGUCCAUUUAAGCCAUUUACAGUUGAUAGAUCAAACAUCACAAUGGAUAGCAGAAUUAUUGCUAUGAUUCCGACUGGCGUCUAUCGAGUGAGGAUAGCAAUUAAGUACAAAAAUAAUGAUAUGAUCUUUGAUAUGUGGCUUACUAUCCAUGAAGAUUAUGUUAAAUUAGAUCAUGCAGUGGUUUAUGAAGGAAAUAUGUUUAGUGUUAAAGCUAGUUUGAUAAAGUCAUUAGACCACAUUACUGUAAUCACUCACUAUUAUGUUCGAGAUUCAAAAAAUAAGUUUCGUGAGAUUUUCAAAAACAUGCCAACAUUUGAAUGGUUACAAACAGACUUUCGAGUGACUGAAUUUGAAGCAUUUGAUUCCGAUGAAAGAUAUAUUUAUAUAGAAUAUGGAACUAUGAUGAAUGGUGUAAUAUUCAACUUUAAGUUUAGAACUCUAGAAAUUAUCAAUGAUGUUAUUGUCAAAGUUCGUUUUUUUGUCAAAAAUUCCCAAGACGAUUAUCAUGAAAUUUUCAAAAAAUUUCCCGCAAUUGAUUGGUGUAAAGCCAUGAAAACAGCAUCUUCAUAUUCAUCAAAUUUUGUUGCCAAAAGUCUUUUAUUAUUUUGUAAAAAGCUAGCACCAGAAUUGAUGCGAAGUUGUCCUUUUCCAGUGAUAAAUUUUGAAAAAAGAAAUGUAACAGUUCCAAAUGUAGUUCUUUCUUUAGUUCCAGUUGGAGUUUAUCGUAUUAUGCUAGCAUUUAAGAAGAAGAAUGGAGGUGUAAUGUUUAAUUCGUCAUUAAUUGUUCAUGUGUUUUAG